GUCUGAGGACUAGUCCUGUUACGAGCCUUUAGCAUCUGGAAUAGGACUUUCUCCGUUGUACCUUUUCACGAAGAAAAAGAAGACAUUGUUCAUUGCCUUUCACGCGUGUGAUUAGGCUACAGAGAAUACAAGCGUAUGUUUUACAACUUGAAACUUAUUUUCGGAUGAUAUUCUACAGCCCCAUUGCAAAGGACUAAAACUAAAAAAUAGUUUGGUGCUGAAUACAAAGUGAUACGGUGGUCCAAUGGCUCGGUCGCAUGACUAAUUAAUAGGCUAUCAGAACUCGGUCGCUCGCUCCCGUGUUUUUUGUGUUAUAAACUAUGGCGUUUAGGGCGAGAGCCUUGUACGACUUUAGUUCGGAAAAUCCAGGAGAGAUAUCGAUUACUGAGAACGAAGUUGUUACUUUAUAUAGCGAACAAGACAUAGAGGGAUGGCUAGAGGGAACGAACAGCAGAGGGGAUACUGGUCUUUUUCCAGCCUCAUACGUGGAGAUUCUCACAAAUGAAUCAUCUGACAUCUCGCCCAACAACAAUGGCAUGUCGGCAGAUCAAGGUCAACCCGACUCCCCAUCAAGUGGAUAUGAUUCAUCAUACCAUUCCCAGUCGCAUUCUCGUGUGGAGAACAUUAAAGGUCCGACCCACUCCGCUUAUCCUGUGCAAACUCCCCAGCGCCACGGUUACCAGACCAGUCAAGGUAGUGAUGAUGACUGGGAUGAUGACUGGGAUGACAGCUCUACCGUGGCAGAUGAGCCUGGAACUAAUCAUGACAAUGAUGUAACUAGUUCCACAGCAUACACGGUGACUACCUCGUUGCCUGGGAGACGUGACAGUGCCCAAGCCAAGAGUUCAGCAACAAUAGGUAAAAACCUCAACAGGUUCUCAACCUUUGUGAAAUCAGGCGGAGAGGCUUUUGUGUUGGGCGAGGCGGCUGCCUUUGUCAAAGAUGGGGACAAGAUCUGUGUUGUCAUGGGCCAAUAUGGGCCAGAGUGGCAGGAAGAUCCAUACCCGUUCACCUGCUCCAUUGAUGACCCCACCAAACAGACAAAAUUCAAAGGCAUGAAGAGUUACAUGUCAUACAGACUGACUCCAUCCCACACCCAGAGCCAGGUGAAUAGAAGAUACAAGCACUUUGACUGGCUCUACGCUCGACUUGUGGAACGCUUCCCUGUCAUCUCAGUCCCCCAUCUGCCCGAGAAACAGGCCACUGGGCGCUUCGAACAGGACUUUGUCUCCAAACGCAGAAAAGGUUUGAUAUGGUGGAUGAACCACAUGACGAGCCACCCUGUCCUGGCCAGGUGUGACGUCUUCCAGCACUUCCUCACCUGCCCCAGCACAGACGAGAAGACGUGGAAGAUGGGCAAGAGAAAGGCAGAGAAGGAUGAGUUGACUGGAGCGAACUUCUUCCUCACCAUCUCCACCCCAGCCGUUCCACUGGACCUACAGGAGGUAGAGAGCAAGGUAGAUGGGUUCAAAGCCUUCACCAAGAAGAUGGAUGAGAACUGCCUAGUGGUGAACGCCACCAUCAACGAGUUCGCCCGGAAGCAGAUCACCGGAUUUAAGAAAGAGUAUCAGAAAGUGGGCCAGUCCUUCAAACUGCUGGGCCAAGCCUUUGAGAUGGACCAGCAGUCCUAUUCUGUAGGACUGAACCGUGCCAUAGCAUUCACAGGAGAGGCCUAUGAGGCUAUAGGAGACUACUUUGCUGAGCAGCCCAGACAGGAUUUGGACCCCAUAUCGGAUCUGCUGGACCUGUACAAGGGACACCUGGCCAACUACCCUGAUAUCAUCCAUGUUCAGAAAGGUACGGUAUGAUGUCACAGCUGUCUCUGCCAUAGAAAUAGAGUUCAUAGAACGGUGAAAGACCCUCUAAACGUGGCAAUUUGGCCACACUCUCAUAGGCAUUCUAUUUCUAUGGUCGCUAUCCUGAUAGGGGUCAUGUUAUGUUGAUGAUGAACAAAAACAAAUGUUGCCUUGGCUUUCCAUGAAAUCCCUUGCAGCAAAAUGUUUUGUGGUUUGAACGUUACUUCAGAUCAUGUAACAUGACACAUGUUUUGUGGUUUGAACGUUACUUCAGAUCAUGUAACAUGAAACACAUGUUUUGUGGUUUGAACGUUACUCCAGAUCAUGUAACAUGACACACACACACAUGUUUUGUGGUUUGAACGUUACUUCAGAUCAUGUAACAUGACACACAUGUUUUGUGGUUUGAGCGUUACUCCAGAUCAUGUAACAUGACACACACACACAUGUUUUGUGGUUUGAACGUUACUUCAGAUCAUGUAACAUGACACACACAUGUUUUGUGGUUUGAACGUUACUUCAGAUCAUGUAACAUGACCCACACAUGUUUUGUGGUUUGAACGUUACUCCAGAUCAUGUAACAUGACACACACACACAUGUUUUGUGGUUUGAACAUUACUUCAGAUCAUGUAACAUGACACACACAUGUUUUGUGGUUUGAACGUUACUUCAGAUCAUGUAACAUGACACACACAUGUUUUGUGGUUUGAACGUUACUUCAGAUCAUGUAACAUGACACACAUGUUUUGUGGUUUGAGCGUUACUCCAGAUCAUGUAACAUGACACACACACACACAUGUUUUGUGGUUUGAACGUUACUUCAGAUCAUGUAACAUGACACACACAUGUUUUGUGGUUUGAACGUUACUUCAGAUCAUGUAACAUGACCCACACACGUUUUGUGGUUUGAACGUUACUUCAGAUCAUGUAAAAUGACACACAUUUUGUAUUAUGUUCAACUUCUCUGCUUGCUGGCAAAAGUUUGCUUUCACAGUUUUUUUCUGUUGAGUAAUGCUGUAGAAUAAGGCGGUGAGGCAUGACAUUUCAUUUUCUGUCCUGACAGGGAGAGUUGAGAGUUUUGUCUCACACCCACUGAAGAUAGUGAGAUCAGAGGUUAGGACUCUGCUGAAGGAGCAUACAAUCACAGCUCAGGGCUCUUAGAGCCUGCAGAUAGGCCUUCAAGGAAACUUGGUUACCAACAUAUCUAUUUUGUUCUCGUUUUACUAAGGGAUGCAAUGUUCUCUUAUUUGUCACUUUGUAAUAGAUUUAUUAGACAGUAGGUACAUAAAUAUGGGGUGCCGUUUUGUAACAUGCUAUGUAGUCCAAGUUCAAUUGAGACAUUGAAGGUUAUGUUAGCCUACAUCAGCAUUGAAUUAGAAGGAGGAGAUUCCGGGGCCUCUUGUCCGGCAUUUCCCUGGGAAUGCUGGAAUGCGGAAUAGCCUCAGGAUUAUUUUCCUCUCCAAGGGUGGGGAUCUGGGGAGCUGCUGCACAAUAUUGCCUGGACACAUUUAUUCCCACUGGCACCGGACACUGGCCUGGACACAUUUAUUCCCACUGGCACCGGACACUGGCCUGGACACAUUUAUUCCCACUGGCACCGGACACUGGCCUGGACACAUUUAUUCCCACUGGCACCGGUGCAUCCUGGACACAUUUAUUCCCACUGGCACCACCGGACACUGGCCUGGACACAUUUAUUCCCACUGGCACCGGACACUGGCCUCGACACAUUUAUUCCCACUGGCACUGGCACCGGUGCAUCCUGGACACAUUUAUUCCCACUGGCACCGGUGCAGAAGUUCAGUUUAUUGGUGCUCUGGCUCUGUAAUCGCAUGCGAGUGCCCGAAAAGAACAAAGUCCAAGUUAAUUUAAUAUAGUUAGUAUAUUUAUUCAUCCAAGUGUGUGUGUUUGUGUGUGUGUGUGUGUGUGUGUUGUAUUUAUAUUCCCCAGAUAAGGCCUGGAUUCUAAUGGCUUUAGAGAAGGUUAUUCACUAAAGCAGUGGCAAUGUCUUUAGUCAGAUCUUCCACUUACACAUUCAGAGCUCAAGUACACUGUAUAUACAACAGUGUGUGAACACCCCUUCAAAUGAGUGGAUUCUGCUAUUUCCGCCACACCCGUUGCUUACAGGUGUAUAAAAUUGAGCACACAGCCAUGCAAUUUCCAUAGACAAACAUUGGCAGUAGAAUGGCCUUACUGAAGAGCUCAGUGACUUUCAACGUGGCACCAUCAUAGGUGGCACCUUUCCAACAAGUCAGUUCAUAAAAUGUCUGCCCUGCUAGCGCUGCCCCGGUCAACUGUAAGUGCUGUUAUUGUGAAGUGGAAACGUCUAGGAGCAACAACGGCUCAGCAGCGAAGUGGUAGGCCACCCAAGCUCACAGAUAGGGACCGCUGAGUGCUGAAGUGCGUAGCACGUAAAAAUCGUCUGUCCUCGGUUGCAAAACUCACUACCGAGUUCCAAACUGCCUCUGGAAGCAACGUCAGCACAAUAACUGUUCAUCGGGAGCUUCAUGAAAUGGGUUUCCAUGGCCGAUCGACAUGUGCAAUGCCAAGCGAUGGCUGGAGUGGUGUAAAGCUCGCCGCCAUUGGACUCUGGAGCAGUGGAAAUGCAUUCUCUGGAGUGAUGAAUCAUGCUUCACCAUCUGGCAGUCCGACAGACGAAUCUGGGUUUGGCGGAUGCCAGGAGAACGCUACCUGCCCCAAUGCAUAGUGCCAACUGUAAAGUUUGGUGGAGGAGGAAUAAUGGUCUGGGGCUGUUUUUCAUGGUUCGGGCUAGGCCCCUUACAGUGCCUUGCAAAAGUAUUCAUCCCCCUUGGCGUUUUUCCUAUUUUGUUUCAUUACAACCUAUAAUUUAAAUGGAGUUUUAUUUGGAUUUCAUGUAAUGGACAUACACAAAAUAGUCCAAAUUGGUGAAGGGAAAUGAAAAAAAUUACUUGUUUCAAAAAAUUAUAAAAAAUAAAUAACGGAAAAGUGCUGCGUGCAUAUGUAUUCACCCCCUUUGCUAUGAAGCCCCUAAAUAAUAUCUGGUGCAACCAAUUACCUCCAGAAGUCACAUAAUUAGUUAAAUAAAGUCCACCUGUGUGCAAUCUAAGUGUCACAUGAUCUGUCACAUGAUCUCAGUAUAUAUACACCUGUUCUGAAAGGCCCCAGAGUCUGCAAUACCACUAAGAAAGGGGCACCACCAAGCAAGCGGCACCAUGAAGACCAAGGAGCUCUCCAAACAAGUCAGGGACAAAGUUGUGGAGAAGUACAGAUCAGGGUUGGGUUAUAAAAAAAUAUCAGAAACUUUGAACAUCCCACGGAGCACCAUUAAAUCCAUUAUUAAAAAAUUUAAAAGAAUAUGGCACCACAACAAACCUGCCAAGAGAGGGCCGCCCACCAAAACUGACGGACCAGGCAAGGAGGGCAUUAAUUAGAGAGGCAACAAAGAGACCAAAGAUAACCCUGAAGGAGCUGCAAAGCUCCACAGUAGAGAUUGGAAUAUCUGUCCAUCGGACCACUUUAAGCCGUACAUUCCACAGAGCUGGGCUUUACGGAAGAGUGGCCAGAAAAAAGCAAUUGCUUAAAGAAAAAAAGAAGCAAACACGUUUGUUGUUCGCCAAAAGGCAUGUGGGAGACUCCCCAAACAUAUGGAAGAAGGUACUCUGGUCAGAUGAGACUAAAAUUGAGCAUUUUGGCCAUCAAGGAAAACGCUAUGUCUGGCGCAAACCCAACACCUCUCAUCACCCCAAGAAUACCAUCCCCACAGUGAAGCAUGGUGGUGGCAGCAUCAUGCUGUGGGGAUGUUUUUCAUCGGCAUGGACUGUGAAACUGGUCAGAAUUGAAGGAAUGGAUGGGGCUAAAUACGGGAAAAUUCUUGAGGGAAACCUGUUUCAGUCUUCCAGAGAUUUGAGACUGGGACGGAGGUUCACCUUCCAGCAGGACAAUGACCCUAAGCAUACUGCUAAAACAACACUUGAGUGGUUGAAGGGGAAACAUUUAAAUGUCUUGGAAGGGCCUACUCAAAGCCCAGACCUCAAUCCAAUUGAGAAUCUGUGGUAUGACUUAAAGAUUGCUGUACACCAGCGGAACCCAUCCAACUUGAAGGAGCUGGAGCAGUUUUGCCUUGAAGAAUGGGCAAAAAUCACAGUGGCUAGAUGUGCCAAGCUUAUAGAGACAUACCCCAAGAGACUUGCAGCUGUAAUUGCUGCAAACGGUGGCUCUACAAAGUAUUGACUUUGGGGGGGUAAAUAGUUGUGCACGCUCAAGUCUUCUGUGUUUUUGUCUUAUUUCUUGUUUGUUUCACAAUAAAAAUUAUUUUGCAUCUUCAAAGUGGUAGGCAUGUUGUGUAAAUCAAAUGAUACUAACCCCCCAAAAAUCAAAUUUAAUUCCAGGUUGUAAGGCAACAAAAUAGGAAUAAUGCCAAGAGGGGUGAAUUCUUUGGCAAGGCACUGUAGUUCUAGGGAAAGGGAAAUCUUAACGCUACAGCAUACAAUGAAAUUCUAGACGAUUCUGUGCUUCCAACUUUGUGGCAACAGUUUGGGGAAGGCCCUUUCCUGUUUCAGCAUGACAAUGCCCCCGUACAUAAAGCGAGGUCCAGAACAGAAAUAGUUUGUCGAGAUCGGUGUGGAAUAACUUCACUGGCCUGCACAGAGCCCUGACCUCAACCCCUUCGAAAACCUUUGGGAUGAAUUGGAACGGCGACUGCGAGCCAGGCCUAAUCGCCCAUCAUCAGCCUUGUGGCUGAAUGGAAGCAAGUCCCCGCAGCAAUGUUCCAACAUCUAGUGGAAAGCCUUCCCAGAAGAGUGGAGGCUGUUAUAGCAGCAAAGAGGGGACCAACUCCAUAUUAAACCAAUGGUCAACUCUUCUUUCUGAGUCAUGUUAAAACUUUUCAAAGACACAGAUUCAUGACUAAAUAUAGCCUUUUUCCUUUUCACCAUUAAUAGGAAUACCUUUGAUACCCUUCUCUCAAACCCUUUCCCUGCCCCCUUCCCCACUAAUCUUUUUCCCGUUCCUUCUCCCUCUCCCUCUUUCUCUCCUCCACCUAUCUCCCCAGGUGCCCUUACCAAAGUAAAGGAGUGCCAGAAACAGGAAGGGGAGGGAUCAACCAUCAACGAGCGUUGUAACAUAAUUUCCUGCGCCACACUGGCUGAGAUCCAGCACUUUCACCGUACACGCGUACGUGACUUCAAGAGCCAGAUGCAACACCACCUCCAGCAGCAGAUCAUCUUCUUCCAGAAAAUCACUGGGAAGCUAGAGGAGGCACUGCAGAAGUACGACGAGGAUAUCAUAUAA